CAUUUGCUGUCAUUGUCCUAGAGAGGCGGCUAAUGUGAACGAUUUCGGCUUUUUCUAGAUCCUGAAAGACGACCACUCUUUCAACAUAACUUUCCAUUUCCCAGGCUCAGUUCCCUUAUAAGGGGUAGGAGCAUAUAAAACCUCAAAAUGUAUAAGAACAAUUGGAUCAUUUUACUGGUUAUAAUUUAUGAGGGUAAUAAUCUCGUACAAACUCAAGAUUGUGGAGCACUAUCACUAACUCAACCCAGUGGAACAUUAUCAUCCCCAAGCUAUCCAAAUCCUUAUAGAACAGGCCAAGAAUGCCAAUGGAAGAUAACACUACCAAAGGGUAAUAGGAUAAAGAUUCAACUUAAUACGCUCGACUUACAAGCCAAUGAUGUGCUCACUGUGUAUGAAGGUAGUCAAUGUAGCGAGGACUGGUUGGAGAAUCCGGGAGCCACUCUCAAAACGUACAAGGGCACUAUAAAAGAUUUGCCAGAUGUUGUCUUUACCAUUGGAACAAAGGCUUGCAUAAAGUUUACACGAAGGAGUAGGCUGCCACCGAAAGGAACGGGCUUCACCUUAACAUAUUCGGCUCUCCCCAGAUGUGGGGGUGAACUUACCAGCAAAGAAGGCGACAUCCUAAGUCCCGACUACCCAGAUGACUACCCACUUCUCUCAUGUAGAUGGGUAAUCAAAGCAGAACCAGGCCAGAAAAUAGAAAUCAAUAUUCAGGAGAUCAAGAUUUUGAAAUCAACAAAUUGUAAAGUUGAUUACCUUCUGCUUGACGCCGUUGCUGGAACAAAUGAUCCUAACAGCCAGCUACGGUUGUGUGGCAACUUAAAGGUGGCGCCACUGACAAGCAUCGGUAGCACAGUCAAUGUGACCUUCAAUGCUGAAGAUGAUUCCAUAUUCUCUGACAAAGGAUUCUGGCUUUCAUACACAGUUAUUGGCUGUCCCUCCAAAGACCUUCCACAGUUGGGCAAUGGUGCUAUAAUGAACCAAGGGCCGUAUUAUUCCUAUGGUUACAUUGUAAAAUACCAAUGCAAUACAGGUUAUAAGCUUUCUACGGGAAAAGCUGAGACGAUCCUACAAUGCAAAAAUGACGGAUCCUGGUCAGGAAUGCUGGAUAAAUGUAUAGAAAUAUCAUGUGGGGAUCCUGGUAUUCCCGUUGGGGGAAAUGCUGUUUUUAACCCUCCCAACUCUUACAAGUACGGCACAAAAGUUACCUACACGUGUACUGCAGGACGUACACUCCAGGGUUCAAACUCACUUACUUGUCAGGCUAAUGGAAAAUGGUCAGGCAAAGCACCAGCCUGCGACGGUGGCUCAGGUGCAACAGGCAGCUGCGGAGACCCUGGAGAGCCAAGCAAUGGUAAACGUACUGGGAAUGACUUCAGAACUGGGGCAACUGUUAGCUUCCUGUGUAAUGAUGGAUACACCAUCUCUGGCUUUGCCACACUCACUUGUCAGGCUAGUGAUCUCUGGAGCGGAAACCUUCCCACUUGUGAGAGUGUCAAAUGCCCAAGCAACUUGACUCCACCUUUAUAUGGUCAGGUGAAGAUAGAUGGCACUGCAUUUGGUAAUACUGCUACCUAUAGUUGUAAUGAGGGGUACAAGCUGAGAGGAGGAUCAGUAAGAAGAUGUGGCAAGACUGGCUCAUGGGAUGGUUCUCCACCCACAUGUAGAGUAAUACUCUGCCCCUAUCCAUACAAGAGACCAUUCUCAGAUUUUGUGCUGAGUGGGAACUCAUAUGGUAGCACUGUUAACUACACAUGUCAGAGCGGGUAUGUCUUAGAAGGAGCUUCUUCCAGGACAUGUGGGGGAACUGGACAAUGGACAGGAAAAGCACCUUACUGCAAAUUGGUGAAAUGCAAAGUGUUUAGCCUUGAUACCAAGAACUCCAAAGCUGUACAAACUGGUGACUACUAUGGAGACACUGUGACAUUCUACUGUAAGUUUGGCUACAAUAUUCAACUGAGACAGAACUUUACUGUGACUUGUGGUUCUGAUGGGAGAUGGGAUUCUGAUGUAAGAGACUGUUCCCCAGGUGACCCCACACAACCCCCACCAGCCACAACUACCAUGACGACUUUUAAGACAACAACCAAGAUGGUCAUGUCAACCACAACACUUCCUACAUUCUCAAGCUGUGGAGCUAAAAUAAGUGGACAGAAAGCUGGUGUAGUGACCAGUCCAGGGUAUCCAAAGCCAUAUGGUAAGGGAACAAGCUGCCAGUGGACCAUCACAGGCGCAAAGGGAAGGAGAAUCAAAGCUACAAUGUCUGCACUUGAGAUGAACCCUGGGGACACUGUUGAGGUGUACCAGAGUGAUAAAUGCUAUGAAGAUUGGCUAGAUGCUCCAAAUACUAAGAUCAGAACAUACACAUACAAGAACACCAACUUCCCAGAUGUCAUAUUCCCAGUUGGCACUGCAAUGUGUAUUAAGAUGACAAGGAACGCUGCUUCACUUGAUGCAAAGGGAUUCUCUUUGACCUUUAGAGAUAUGGCUGAUUGUGGUGGAAAGUUAUCUGAUCAGCAGGGAGACUUCUUAAGUCCUGGCUACCCCUACUACCUUUAUAGCCCAUCCUCUACAUGUACAUGGCAGCUUGACCUCCCAGAGGGACAACGUGCCAGGGUUACCUUUUUAGAAUUUGCUGUCAAAUCUUCAACGAAUUGCCUCCAAGACCAUGUGGAGUUCAGAGGAAUGGUGAAUAUAACAAAUAACAUCGGAAGGUUAUGUGGCAAAGGCAAGGUAGCACCUUUGGAGAGUGUUUCUAACAAUGCAACUAUUACCUUCAAGACAAUAUUUGGACUCACUGGAGAAAAGGGAUUCUGGGGACAGUAUAGAGCUAUUGGAUGCAGAACAUCUGACCUGCCCAAGCUUAGCAAUGCUGCUGUGGCUAACCCUAGUGACUCAUAUGACAAUGGCUACAUUGUGCGCUAUAUGUGCAGUCAAGGAUAUAAAUUCCCCAGCGGUGUUGUUGAGAGAACAUUCAGGUGUAGAGAUGACAAGACAUGGUCGGGACAGGCAGAGGAUUGUGAAUUAUCUGGCUGUGGUAAUCCUGGAAAACCAGCAAAUGGCAAUGUUAAAAUCACUGGUUCAGGGAUUGGGAGCAAAGCUACAUACACCUGUCUUCCUGGCUAUUCUCUACAAGGCUCCUCUAUCAGGACAUGUGGCUUCAAUAGACAGUGGUCAGGCCCAAUACCCAAGUGCACAGGAGGUCCACCCCCAGGCCAAUGCGGAGACCCUGGGGAUCCUGUGAAUGGCAAGAGGAUUGGAGAUGACUUCAAAUUUAACCAGAAAAUAACCUUCAAGUGUGAUGCUGGCUUUAGAUUGUCCGGUGAUGCAGCUAGGACAUGUCAGACCAGUGGAGAGUGGACCGGCACACAGCCUAGUUGUAUAUCCCUGACUUGUCCAACACUAGGGAAUAUCUUCAAUGGUGCAGUGACAGUUGAUGGUUUGAAGUAUGGGAACACUGCAGUCUACACAUGCAAUUCUGGUUAUGUGGUUCAGGGCAACAUUAGAAGGACUUGCCUGGAGAGUGGCCAGUGGGGAGGUUCAGUGCCAUAUUGUAGAAGAGUGACCUGCCCCUACCCCUACAAGCGACCAUUCUCCAAGUUUGUGUUGAAUGGUAACUCUGUGGGGAGUGUGGUGAACUAUACCUGCCAGACUGGCUAUGCCCUGGAGGGUAACAAACAGCGGACAUGCCAGAGCAGUGGCAAGUGGACAGGACAAGCACCUUACUGUAUAGUUGUAAGAUGUCCAAUAAUUGAUAAAGUGAAGAAUGGCAAGGUUUCUGGUAAAAGUAAUACAUUUGGAAGCAAGAUCACCAUAACAUGUGAUGAUCCAUACAUCAUAAAUCGCCAGAAGACAUUUGUAUCAACAUGUCAAGGAAAUGGCAAAUGGGAUUACCCUCCAGAAGGAUGUGGCUCAGAAUUAGGUAUCCAGGUCCCUUUUACAACUCCAUCUACAAUUCUUGGCUCUUGUGGAGCAAAUAUGACAAUUGACAAUGGUUACAUCAGGUCUGAGAACUACCCCAACCCAUACCCUGGCAAGAAAACCUGCCAAUGGAAGAUCAUAGCUUCUGAUGAUCAGAGAUUUAAGCUCACAAUUGAAGAGAUGGAGCUUAACCCUGGUGAUAAAGUAAAUGUGUAUGAUAACAUUGAUUGUGAUAAAGAGGGAUUCAUAUUUGAUGAUUUACUUAAAACAUACCAAGGAUCAUUUAAGAAAGUACCAGAGUAUAUCUAUCCCACUGACACUGAAGGUAUAUGUGUGGAGUUGGUCAGUACAGCUUCAACAGCUUCAGCUAAAGGAUUCUCAAUACUCUUCAAAGCGCUCCCUAAUUGUGGAGGUGACUUGCGAGAGCCUCAAGGGGAGAUCCUAAGUCCCAAUUAUCCGUACCAUCCUUACAACAAGCUAGAAGAGUGUACUUGGAUUAUAACAGUCAAACCUGGCCAACAAAUCAAACUAACAUUCCUCGAGUUUGCUGUGGAACCAUCAGACAAUUGUGAAGAUGAUCAUCUUACAAUAACAGGUAUUAACAACAGAACGCAGAACUCUGCAAGGUAUUGUGGGUCUAAGAACAUAGCUCCAGUGACAAGCCUUAGCAACAAGGUCACCCUGCUCUUCACUACAGUCUAUGAUCCAUUCUCAUUUGAGAAAGGGUUCUGGAUCAAAUAUGAAGCUACUGGUUGUCCUUCUGCUGGACUUCCUACUCUUGUCAAUGGCAAACAAGUGAACAAAGCAGCUGCCUACCCAAGUGGCUUUGUAGCCAGGUUUGUCUGCUCUGCAGGUUACAAAUUCUCUGAUGGAGCAAUGGAAAACAUUGUGCUCUGUGAUAGAGUCACCAUGAAAUGGCGUGGAUCUUUGGAAGAAUGCGAGGUGUCCGCAUGUGGAGAACCAUCUAGUCCCCCAGGAGCCAUAGCAACCAUACAGAGCAAGAAAGUUGGAGGUACUGUCACAUACAAGUGCAACUCUGGCACCUUACUUGGCACAAACAUAAGGACUUGCCAGAAAGACCUCAGCUGGAGUGGAGUUGCUCCUGUAUGCAAUGGAGUGCCUGCUAGUGCUGGCUGUGGUAACCCUGGAGACCCUGUCAAUGGAGAGAAACUUGGCAAUAACUUUAAAUUAGGAGCAACAAUUAACUUUGUCUGCAAUGAUGGUUUCACCCUCAGUGGGCAAUCCAGCAGAAUCUGCCAGUCUCCUGGUAAAUGGAGUGGCCAGGAAACUAAGUGUUUGCCGGCACAAUGCCCCCAGCCUCCAAAAAUUGAUGGAGGCUCAGUGACCAUAGAUGGCAAUAGAUUUGGUAAUGUUGCCACCUACAGAUGUAAUCUCGGCUACACACUCACUGGCAGUGAGACCAGGUCAUGUGAUUUCAAAGGCAACUGGACUCCUGAGGCUCCUGUGUGUGUCAGAGUAAAAUGUCCUGAGCCAGAUGCCAAUUUUGAUACUGAUGUGACAACUACUGGAACUCAGUAUGGCGACACAGCUACCUACACAUGUGCAUUCCCAGGUGAAGCCAUUAGUGGCUCUAAGGUCCGCACAUGUGGGGCUGAUGGCAAGUGGUCUGGUGCGCCACCUAUAUGUAGAGCGGCAAAGUGUCCAGGUCCAUUGAAGAACAUCCCAAAUGGUAAGAUCAAAGUUGAAGGCUACAACCCAUUCCAGACUGCGACUAUUACAUGUGACAGUGGCUUCAACAUCAAUGGCAAACCAACUCUGGUGCUUACCUGUGAGAUUGGGGGAACUUGGGAUACCAAGAUAACUGCUUGUACUUCUGUAACAGCUCCAACAACAGCAACCCCAAUAACCACUCCCUCAAUCCUUGGCUCUUGUGGCAUCAACACUAAAGUGGACAAUGGCUACAUCAGGUCUGAGAACUACCCCAACCCAUACCCUGGCAAGAAAACCUGCCAAUGGAAGAUCAUAGCUUCUGAUGAUCAGAGGUUUAAGCUCACAAUUGAAGAGAUGGAGCUUAACCCUGGUGAUAAAGUAAAUGUGUAUGAUAACAUUGAUUGUGAUAAAGAGGGAUUCAUAUUUGAUGAUUUACUUAAAACGUACCAAGGAUCAUUUAAGAAAGUACCAGAGUAUAUCUAUCCCACUGACACUGAAGGUAUAUGUGUGGAGUUGGUCAGUACGGCAACAUCAGCUUCAGCUAAAGGAUUCUCAAUACUCUUCAAAGCGCUCCCUAAUUGUGGAGGUGACUUGCGAGAGCCUCAAGGGGAGAUCCUAAGUCCUAAUUAUCCGUACCAUCCUUACAACAAGCUAGAAGAGUGUACUUGGAUUAUAACAGUCAAACCUGGCCAACAAAUCAAACUAACAUUCCUCGAGUUUGCAGUAGAUUUGUCAGACAACUGUGAAGAUGACCAUCUCACUAUAACAGGAAUAAACAAUAGAUCCUCUAGCUCUGUAAGAUACUGUGGUCAAAGAUCAAUAUCACCAGUGACCAGUCUAACCAACAAGGUUUCCCUGCUGUUCAGCACCAUCUAUGAUCCAUUUAUCAUUGAGAAAGGAUUCUGGAUCAAAUAUGAAACUGUUGGGUGUCCGUCUGAUGGUCUCCAGACUUUAGGAAAUGGUUUACUUCUUAAUAAAGCUGAUGCCUACCCAAAUGGUUACAUAGCAAGGUAUGCUUGUAAGACUUCAUUUAUGUUUCAAAAUGGAGAGGUAGAGACCACCCUUCAAUGUAGAGAUUCCAUCUGGAGGGGCACCCUGGACAGAUGUGUUGCAUCCUCAUGUGGAGAUCCCCCUACUCCUGCAGGAGCUACAGCAACAAUACAGAGCAAGGCAAUUGGAGGCACUGUCACAUAUAGGUGUAACUCUGGCACCUUACUGGGCACAAACAUAAGGACUUGCCAGAAAGACCUCAGUUGGAGUGGGAUUGCUCCUGUUUGUAAUGGGGUAUCUCCCAGUAUUGGCUGUGGUGACCCAGGUGAUCCAGUUAAUGGGCUUAGAAUGGGCAGUAAAUUUGGACCUGGCUCAAGGCUGACAUUCUCCUGUAAAUCUGGUUUCACCCUCAGUGGACCUUCUAGCAGAAUCUGCCAGUCCUCUGGCCAGUGGAGUGACCAGGAAACGAAGUGCAUGCCUGUGACAUGCCCUAAUCCCCCACAACUGCAAAAUGGAGCAAUUAGCCCUGAUGGCAGUGGCUUUGGCAAUGUCGCCAUUUAUAAGUGCAACAGUGGGUACAUACUGUCAGGCACAGACACUAGAACGUGUGACUUCAAUGGAAAGUGGACACCAGAGCCACCUAUCUGUGUUUCUGUUAAAUGUCCAUCUGAGCCAGAUGCCAAUUUUGACACGGAUGUCACAACAACAGGAAACUCAUUUGGUGAUAAGGCUACAUACACUUGUGAGUUCCCUGGUGAGGUGAUUAGAGGAUCUAAGGUUCGUACAUGUGGAGCUGAUGGCAAGUGGACCGGAGAACCACCAAUUUGUGCUUUGGCUCAAUGUCCAGGACCUUUGAAGACAAUUAAGAAUGGUAAAGUGGUUGUGCGCGGAUAUAGACCCGGGAAUAUAGCCACUUAUACAUGUGAUGCUGGGUUCACCAUUAAUGGACGGUCAACUCUAACAAUCACCUGUAGGGAUGAUGGCACAUGGUCUUCAGUGGUCACUGCCUGCACAGCUGCAACAUUCACAACAGUGUCUCCGGUGACAGGGGGUAUGACAACACCUACCACAGUCACUAAGUGCAACUACAUCAUAUCAGGUCUCAAGGGGAGAAUCCUAUCCCCCAAUUACCCCAACGCUUACCCCCCUAACUCUGGCAACACACGCUGCACACACUCAAUUGAGGUCCCAUACAACUACAGGGCCAAAGUUACAAUGAGUGAACUAGAACUGAAUGAUGGUGACUAUUUCAAGAUAUAUGAUAGUGAUUCAUGUUUCGAAGAUGAUUUCCUCAAUCCAGAUGUACUAAUGAGGUCUUAUAAUUCUACGUCACCGACAUCUGAUUUCCCAGAUGAGUUGUUUUCCACAGUGGAAGAGAUUUGUGUUGAGCUGGAGACUGGUGCAAAGGUGGGAACAGCCAAAGGAUUCAAACUGGACUUUUUAGCUAUACCGAACUGUGGAGGCAAAUAUACAGAACGUACAGGAGACAUCCUAAGUCCAGGCUACCCAAGAGAAGACUAUGAGGAAGAUGAGAUGUGUAAGUUUGAUGUGAACAUCCCACCUGGAAUGAGAGCUAGGAUUCAAAUCCAGGAACUUAAAAUGAGGGACUCUGCAAACUGCAAACUUGACAGCUUAAAGGUUGACAAUGUUUUAAGUGAUGAUGGCUCAGAUGCUGUGUUCUGUGGCAAGAAUAAUGAUUUGAGUCUAGAACUAGAGACAACGUCAAACACAUUCUCAGUGACAUUUAAGACUGGCAUUGCACCAAUCACAGAUAGUUUGUUUGCAGAGACUGAAAAGGGCUUCUGGCUGACAUACAGAUCUAUUGGUUGUCCCCAAUCUGAGCUUCCCAAGGCCUCAGGGACAUUCCUGUCCAACACCCAGAGUUACUACCCCACAGGUUUCCAAGCUAAGUUCAGAUGUAAUGGCAAUGGCAGGUUCAAGACAGGGCUAAUAGAGACUGUAGUGGUCUGUCAGGCCAACAACAAUUGGAUUGGAACAGUUGGGGCAUGUUCAGAAGUAAGCUGUGGGGAUGUAGGCCUACCUGCCAAUGGUAUGGUAUCCAAGAGCAAUGGAGGAGCCCCAGGCAGUGUAGCUACAUUCACUUGUAAACCUGGUUACAAACUAUCUGGGAAUGCCAUCAGAAUAUGCCAACAAGAUGGCAUCUGGUCUGGAUAUGUCCCAACCUGUCAAGGCUCUGGCAAAGUAACUAGUUGUGGAGAUCCUGGAGACCCUGCCAAUGGUAAAGUUGUAGGUAAUGACUUCACUGUGGGGGCCACAAUCAGCUAUAAGUGUGAUACUGGCUUUAAGGCAAAAGACAACCCUGUGAGGACGUGUGGGGCAGAUGGCUACUGGUCUGGGCCUGAUGUAUUAUGUAUACUUGUGACAUGUGACGAAGUUCUGAGGAACCCUGGGAAUGGAAUAGUGUCAGUGACUGGCAAGCAGUUUGGUACAUUGGCAACCUACCUGUGUAAUGAUGGUUAUGUUUUGAAAGGCAACCCAAUAAGACAGUGUCAAGCCAAUGGACAGUGGAGUGGAACAUUUGCUGCAUGUGUCCAGUCUAAAUGUGGAGCUCCUGACAAACAUCCACUGAGCACAGUGACAACCUCCGGCACAGGAUUUGGGGAUAUGGUGACAUACACUUGCCAGGCAGGCUGGAAACUGAAUGGUUUGAAAACAAGGACAUGCUUGGAGAAUGGCCAAUGGAGUGGAAAAGCUCCUUAUUGCACAAGGAUCAAUUGUGGCCCACUCUACAACAUCUCAAAUGGAAUGGUCUCUAUGAGUGGGGAGAGGUUUGGUGACCAGGCUACCUACACAUGUGACCCUGGCUUCACUAUAAAUGGACUGGCAACAUUUAUGAUCACAUGUCAGGAAAAUGCCAAAUGGAGUGCAUUCAUCACUGAAUGCAAGAAUGAGUCUGCCCUUGUAACACCCACUCCUACUAUGCCAGUUGGUAAGUGUGGUGGUGACUUCCGUCUAGAUGCUGGCUCUAUCGUGUCCCCCAGCUACCCCCAACCUUACCCCACAGGCUUCAAAUGUCAGUGGAAUGUCAGAGUAAACAGCAGGAUGAGGCUGAAAGUCUUUGUUGAAGACAUGGACUUGAAUGAGGGAGAUGAGUUGAAUAUAUAUGAUGGGGCAGACUGUGAGGGGGAUGAUCUCUUUCCCCCUGACCCUAAGCUAAGGAGGUACCGUGGAGGGGCAGGCCUGGUUGCCAAGAAUUGGCCAGACAUCCUCUAUCCCACAACUAACAGAAUGUGCAUCUCACUAACAAGGUCUACGAGUAAAUCUGGUGCUAAGGGAUUCAGUAUACAGUACCAAGCUAUCCCUAAUUGUGGGGGCACCCUGUUGGAUCCUGAGGGUGAGAUCUUGAGUCCAGGUUACCCUGAGGAGGACUAUGAUGAGGGAGACACUUGUGUCUGGAACAUAAAAGCAGGACAGGGACAAAGAAUCCAACUCACCGUGUUGGACUUUAAACUCAGGGAUUCCAAUAACUGUGAAGAAGACAGCUUAGUUAUCACAGGUUUCAAAGACAAACUGAAUCUCUGUGGGAGAAAGACUAUUGCUCCAAUGACCAGUACAGAGAGUGAAGUAAGGUUGACCUUUGACACUGAGCUCAACCUGGAUGAUACAGAUAAAGGAUUCUGGAUCAAAUACAAGGUGGUUGGCUGUUCAUCUUCUCUGCUACCAAGGCUUCAGAAUGGACAACCUCAGAAUACUGCAGGAUUCUACCCACAAGGCUAUAUCUUGACAUACAAGUGCAACAUCAAAUACAACUUUAGGAAUGGUAUGAAAGAGUACCCCGUUAUGUGUAUGGAGUAUGGGGACUGGGAUGGUGUGCUGCCUGACUGUCUUUUGGUGAAGUGUGGCGACCCUGGCCUCCCUUCUAAAGGUGCCGUUGACCUCUCUGAUGGCCUCAAUAUUGGCAGUUUGGCCACUUUCCGUUGUGCAGCAGGAGUGGGCCUGAAUGGACAGACAACCCGUACAUGCCAGGACGAUGGCACCUGGAGUGGAACUCUACCCUUUUGCAAUAAUGAAGGCACAACAUCCUGUGGUGACCCAGGAGACCCAGCUAAUGGUGAGAAGAUAGGAGCCUUUAACGAUUUCCCUGUGGGAGAAACCGUAGAUUACAAGUGCAACCGUGGAUACACCCUCGUCACAGAUGGCCAAUCCAAAAGAACAUGUCAGCCAAAUGGAAAAUUCUCGGGCUCUGACCCAAGAUGUGAUCCAAUUUCAUGCAACAUGACCCUACCAAACCCUAAGAAUGGAAUGGUGAAGGUCGAUGGCAACAGCUUUGGUAACCUGGCAUUUUACAGUUGCAUGGAGGGUUACUCGCUCAAUGGACAGAGCUUAAGAACCUGCGUGGAAGGUGGAUGGAGUGGCAUACCACCAACUUGUUCAAUGACCCAUUGUACACAGCCCGAUGUACAUCCAUUUGGUACGGUGAGUGUGUCAGGUCUGGACUUUGGAGACACUGCCCUCUAUAUGUGUAACAAGGGCUACAGACUGAGUGGAGUGGCAACAAGGAAAUGUGGCGCUGAUGGCAAAUGGGCUGGAGAUGCCCCUAUUUGUGUCUCCCAAAGCUGUGGAAGGAUUGUGAAUGUGACCAAUGCAGAUAUCAUGUCUAACGGGGACACUUAUGGUGACACUGUGAUUGUCACUUGUAAAUUAGGAUUCCAGGCCAAGGGAGCCUCUAGUUACACUGUGACAUGUCUGUCCAAUGGCAAAUGGUCACAGGCAGUAGAGCCGUGUGUACGUGGGGGCGGAGUCUAUCCUAGCUCAACACCAGCACCACCUAUAGUUACAGUUGCGAACUGUGGUGGUGUAAUCCAACAGCCAAACUUUGGUGCCGUAAGCUCUCCGAAUUACCCUAACUCUUAUCCUGGUCCAGGAAGCAAGUGUAUAGUGCGUAUGAAAUCUCCCACUGCCAACAUGCGCCUUCGCAUCAGUGUCCAAGAUUACGACCUCAACCCAGGAGAUAAACUUACAGUUUAUGAUGGAAAUAACUGUAAUGACAACUUCUUCAUUGCUCAUAGUCCACGUCUGCGGAGGUACAGGAAUUCCAUUAAACCUGGAAGUCCAAAUACAGAGGACAUUCUCUACUCGACUGGUACAACUGUCUGCAUUGAACUGACAAGGGAGAGUAACUACAGGACAAGCAGAGGAUACUAUAUGGAAUAUACAACCUUCCCUGACUGUGGAGGCAAAUACACUAAAGACAAAGGGGAAAUUCUCAGUCCUGGUUACCCUUCUAUUACAUAUGGGGACAACAGGUUCUGCAUAUGGAAUAUACAGGUGGGUCCAGGACAACAAAUAGAACUAUUCUUCUUAGAAGUGGACAUGAGGCCAGAUGCAUGUAAUGAAGAAAAUGUUGGUUUCACUGGAUUUGGAGAUGUACCUAACCUAUGUGGUCCUCAGACAGACAUCCUGAAUAAGCUGACAAGUGUGUCUAACACUGCAAAGAUUACACUUAAGUCUACUACACUGGCCAACAGAAAGGCCAAGGGAUUCUGGAUGGAAUAUAAAGCUAUUGGCUGCAGGACCGAUUUGCUCCCCACAUCCACCAGUGGAGUGAUACAGAACAGCAAGGCCAACUACAAGACUGGGGAUGUGGUCAUCUACAAGUGCACAUCAGGCUUUAAGUUCCCAAGUAGCAGAGUGGAAAAUGCUCUCACUUGUCGCUCUGAUGGAACUUGGGAAGGAAUCAUGGAAACAUGUCUAGAGAUCCAAUGUGGAGAUCCGGGGUACCCAGCCAGAGGUAGGGUAUCACUCAGCAUGGACAGGAAAGUGAGCAGUGUCGCUACCUACUCAUGUAACUCUGGUCUUACUCUGACUGGGACAAGCUCUAGGACAUGUAUCAGCACAGGACAGUGGGCAGGAAAGAUUCCAGUAUGCAAAGGUGCAGGUGCUAUUACGGAAUGUGGAGAUCCUGGAGAUCCCUUGAAUGGUUACAUCAUUGCUGACAGCUGGAAGGUUGGCAGUGUUGUCAAGUACAAGUGUAACAAAGGCUACAAUCUGAUUGGUGCUGCAGAGAGGACGUGUCUAAGUGAUGGCACAUGGACAGACGCAGAUCCAAUAUGUAACAUUACACACUGCCCUGGACCUUUGUUUGCCCCAGAGCCUAAUGGUAAACUGAGUAUAGAUGGAGACACAUUUGGAAGUGUUGCUAGGUUCACUUGCCCCGUACCUGGUACCUACCUCCUUGGUGGGACUACAACUGUGCAAUGCGGAGAGGAUGGCAACUGGAACCUGGGAGACAUAAUACCAUCUUGUGAGAAUAUUACCUGUGGCGCCCCAGACUUGCACCCGAAGGGCGUAGUGACCACCAACAGACAGGGAGACUAUAACCAGUACAAGACCAAGGCAUAUUACAGCUGUACCCAGGGAUAUGUCCUCAGAGGCCUCUCUCUCAGAGAAUGCCAGGCUGAUGGCACAUGGUCUGGUGAUUCUCCUAUAUGUAUAGCUGUAAAGUGUCCAAAUUACCCUCCUGUGAAGAAUGGGAAGCUGUACUUCGGCGCUCAGAUGUAUGGUGACACUGUGACUAUCAGGUGUAACCUGGGAUAUUUCAUAAAUGGAGAAGUCACUGUAAAGUCCAUGUGUAAACAAGAUGGCCAAUGGGACAAAGUCUACAGACAAUGUGAAGUCCAAGUUACAACAACCAGACUUAUCCCAAGGACUAUUCCAACAGCACCACCUGUAGUGUCAAAGUGUGGAAGUAACUGGGCCUAUAGAAUGGAAGGACUAAUCACCUCAGAGAAUUACCCCAAACCUUACAACACACCAGGAGAUCUAUGUAUUAACAAGAUUAGGGUCCCAACUGGGUUCCGCUCCAGGUUAUAUCUAACUGAUGUAAAGCUAAACAAGGGAGAUGUGUUAACCAUCUAUGAUGGGCCAUAUUGCAGUGACAAUGUCCUUGUAGCUCCCAGCAGGAGACUCAGGAGAUACAAUUCUGUGUCAAGUGCAAGAAUUCAGGACAAACUGCCAGAUGUGUUUUUCUCAAGUGGUGUCUGGGUCUGUUUAGAGUUGAAGCGUAAGAGUGCUGUACCCAGUGCUAAAGGAUUCUCACUUAAAUAUAAAGCUUUUGCCACCUGUGGGUCAGACCAGAUGCCACUCCCUGAGGGUGAUAUAUUCAGCCCUAACUACCCAAGGAAGUACAGUGCUCUUCUAAACUGUCCUUGGAAGGUCAAAGCAGGGCUAGGGCAGAGGGUUCGCAUCACCUUUAAUGAGUUUGCAGUCUAUACUGGGAGCAAAUGUGGUGAUGCUGACUAUUUGGAUGUAAUAAACAAAGAUGGCACAUCUAAAAGGUACUGUGGAUCAUCCCCUCAGGCACCCUAUGUGAGCACCAGUAAUGAAGUGACCAUUCUAUUUAAAACAAAUCUGUUUCUGUCUAACAGAAAGGAAAAAGGAUUCUGGAUCAGCUACAAAGUUGUUGGAUGUGAUGCUGCCAAAAUUCCCAAUCUUGACAAUGGUUUCCUUAGCAACAAGGAUGAGUACUUCUGCACUGGUUGUGUUGCUAAGCAAAAGUGUCAGGGUGGCCUGUCACUGAGAUCAGGGAGGGUGGAGAAUAGCUAUGUGUGUAAGGCAGAUGGCACCUGGGAGGGUCAGUCUGAUAGCUGUGGGUUUAUACAGUGUGGAGACCCUGGUGUACCUGCUUUUGGAUAUCUCCGCCUCACAAGUGGAGCUGAAAUUGGCAGUGUAGCUACAUAUGGCUGCCUAGAUGGCUACGCAUUGGACACCCCAGCCAACACCAGGACAUGCAAGGCUGAUCAGACAUGGUCAGGGUCAACACCAAACUGUGUUGGGGGUGAAGGUGAGCCAGUAUACUGUGGUGACCCUGGCUACCCAGCCAAUGGAAAACUCAUUACAAACUACAACAAAACCACAGAGUUCUAUGAGAUUGGUGACAUGGUGAACUUUGAAUGCAACUUUGGCUUUGUAUUGAAAGGAGAUAUAAGGCAGUGUAUGCUAGAUGGAACCUGGGGUGGUGUAGAGCCUCAGUGUAUCUUUGUGACGUGUCCCAAUAAGCUUGAUUCCCCAGAUAAAGGCAGUGUGGUAUUAGAUGGUAAUGCAUUUGGCAAUGUGGCCCAAUAUUCCUGUAGUGAAGGUUAUAUGGUUAGUGGUAACAAUGUUAGAAAGUGUGGGCAGGAUGGUACAUGGAUGCCUGAUGUGGCGCCAACUUGCACAGUGACACAGUGCAGAACACCAAUAAUCCACCCACUGUCUACAGUGACAAUCAGCUCUCUGGGUUACAAUGGGGUGGCCACCUUUAAGUGCCAGGAGGGUUAUAUUUUGGAGGGUGCAGAGACCAUUGUCUGCACAACUACAGGAGACUGGUCUGCUAGCCCUCCUAUUUGUAUAGCGGAGUCGUGUGGAGAUCCUAUCCAAGUGACAGGGGCCAAGGUUGUGUUAACAGGCGUCUCUGUAGGUGACACUGCCACAUUCACCUGUAACGACCCACUUACUGCCAACGGAGAGAAGACAUUCAUCUCAACUUGCCAGAAUGACGGCACCUGGUCAACGUAUCCUGCCGCAUGCAUGGCAAACUCUGCUACACCAGGACCAACUAAAGGGUCUAGCAGCUCUAUUGGCAGCACAUUAAAAUCUUCAUCCAGUCAACCAUCAGUCUCACCAAAAGCUCCCCAAGGCCAGACAGGGUCAAAUAGUGGCAGCAACAGGACGGGUGUCAUUGUAGGCGUCAGUGUUGGGGCUGUAGUCCUCGUUGUCAUCAUCAUUGUUUUGAUGGGAUUCCUCUUCAGACGCAAGCUGAGGUCUCCAUUGAAGAUACCAAUGAAGCCAGCAUUUGAGAACCCAACAUAUGAAGCUAACCUCACAACAGACAUUUCUAGUAGCAGUCAUGGAGGGGUGCAGUUAAACCAACUGAACUUUGGAUCAUCAGACUCAUAA